CCUGGCGGGGCGCUUGGCCGCCGCGCGGAGGCGGCCGGGCCCGGCGGCGGAUUUAUGAGCUGGGAGCAGGGCCAGGCCGGGCGGCUGGAGCGGCGGCGGCGGGCGGGGGCGGCUCGAGCACCAUGGGUGUGAUAGGUGUGCAGUUGGUGGUUACCAUGGUAAUGGCUAGUGUCAUACAGAAGAUCAUACCUCACUAUUCUCUUGCUCGGUGGCUUCUCUGUAGUGGCAGUUUACGAUGGUAUCAGCAUCCUACUGAAGAAGAGCUACGAAUUCUCGCAGGAAAACAAAGAGGGAAGAGUAAAAAAGAUAGAAAAUAUAAUGGUCAUAUUGAAAACAAGCCCCUAACCAUUCCAAAAGAUAUUGAUCUUCAUCUGGAAACAAAGUCUGUGACUGAAAGGGACACCCUAGCGUUGCAUUAUUUUCCUGAAUAUCAGUGGUUGGUGGAUUUCACUGUUGCAGCUACAGUUGUAUAUGUGGUGACUGAAGCCUAUUACAGCAUUGUGAAGCCCUCACAAGAAAUGAAUAUCAGCAUAGUGUGGUGUCUGCUUGUCUUGGCCUUUGCAGUUAAGAUGCUGUUUUCUCUGACCACCCAUUAUUUCAAAGUAGAGGAUGGUGGUGAAAGAUCAGUGUGUGUCACCUUUGGCUUCUUCUUCUUUGUGAAAGCAAUGGCAAUCCUAAUUGUGACAGAAAAUUAUCUAGAAUUUGGACUGGAAUCAGGAUUCUCAAAUUUUUCGGAAAGUGCUAUGCAGUUUCUUGAAAAGCAGGGGUUGGAAUCCCAGGGUCCUGUGUCUAAACUAACCUUCAAAUUGUUCCUGGCUGUUCUGUGUUCACUUAUUGGUGCUUUUUUGACAUUCCCUGGCUUGCGACUGGCUCAAAUGCAUCUGGAUGCUCUGAAUUUAGCAACAGAAAAAAUAACACAAACAUUGCUACAUAUAAACUUCUUGGCGCCUUUACUUAUGGUUCUACUGUGGGUAAAACCAAUCACUAAGGACUACAUUAUGAACCCACCUUUGGGCAAAGAGAGCAUUCCUUUAAUGUCAGAAGAUACUUUUGACACCAUGCGGUUGUGGAUUAUAAUCCUAUUGUGUGCUUUACGGUUAGCUAUGAUGCGCAGUCAUUUACAGGCCUACCUGAAUUUAGCACAGAAAUGUGUAGAUCAGAUGAAAAAGGAAGCUGGCAGAAUAAGUACAGUUGAUUUGCAGAAAAUGGUGGCUCGAGUUUUCUAUUAUCUUUGUGUUAUUGCACUGCAGUAUGUUGCACCAUUGGUAAUGCUCCUUCACACAACUCUGCUAUUGAAAACACUAGGUAAUUAUUCUUGGGGCAUCUAUCCAGAAUCCAAUUCUGACACUCCGGUAGAAAACAAUCCACUUCCCAGUUCAGUUUAUUCUGAGUCUCCAUCUGCUGAUGGAAAGAUGAAAGUAACUGUAGUGCAAAUAACAAUGGCUUUGGGAAGCCUAAAGAAUAUUUUCACUCCUCUCCUGUUCCGGGGACUCCUGUCUUUCCUCACCUGGUGGAUUGCUGCUUGCCUCUUUUCCACGAGCCUUUUUGGGCUUUUCUAUCACCAGUACCUGACAGUGGCAUGAACUGAGCAGCUGGCAAAGCAAGCAUGAGGUCAAAUUCUAGAUACAAACCCAGGUACCCAAGAGGAGAUGAAGAAGAAAAGAAAACUAUGUAUGAAGAGAAAACAUAUCAGAAUUUAUUCUUAAACACUUCCUCUGCAUUCUCAGGGUGAAUAUUCUUAUAAUGUUUAAAAUCAGAACUGGGUUUGUUACUGUUGUUACCCAAAUGGUAGGUAACUAAUUGAAUUAUGGUUUUGGGACUGACUAACACUGUGUGGCUGGUAUUGGUGGGCAGGUUGAAAAGAUAACACCUUUGAGUAUUUUGGUUUCCAUAAACAGCCACCCUCAAAACUUUGUAUAUCAAGAAUCAGAGUCAGUGACUGAACUAUGUAUGUUACUAGGGUGCUGGUUAUGCUGAUGGUGGCUUCCUACUAAGUAAAAUCUUAGUAAAAUCUGUAAGUAAAAUCUGAGCCAUACAGUGAAGAAGAUGGGAGAGGAAUUACAAAAACAAAAAAAAAAAAAAAAAAAAAAAAAAAAACUUCUGUUGGAUAGCUGUUGAUCAAUUUUUGCCAUGGAAAAUGAAACAAUCCAACAGCACAGGAGAGAUACUGUAUAUUACAGUAAAGAAAGUUAUAUAACAUUUAAAUUUAGCAUAGGAAUAGAUGUGUAGACUGGGCAGGUAUUGCUGCCUAAAUAUAUGCAGGAAUGCUUGUGCAGUGGGAGAGGUGUUAUAAAAAUAUAUAUUAUUAAAGUCCCUGCAGUCAUUUUGAAGUACUGGCCAUGUGUAUUGGUGCUAAUAUUGAUCCACGGUUUCUAUUUGGGUCUUUUAAAUUUCUUUUCAGGUAAUAGAAAAAUUCCUUUGAAUUCACAAAAUAAUUGAAGUAGAUCAGUGAUACCAAUCAAAUAUUUCAAAGCAAAAGAGUUUAAUCCUGCUGACUGAGAGUGUAUGUAUCUGUGUAAUGUACAUAGAAAUAUAUAUUAUAUAUUAAAUAUAUAAUAUAUAUAUGAAAUCUAUAAAAUAUUGAAUCUUUAUUUUAAAUUACUGAAUGUAUGUUACAAGACAGUGGGACAGGGAUAUGUGUGUAUCUAGUAAUUUCAAGAUCACUUUUGAAAUGAAAAUUAAAAUUUUUUUGAAAGUUCAGUUUGAAAGGGCUAUUUGUUUUUGAUGCCUCUACAAAGGUACUUAACUAUACUAACUAACCUUUGCUAUUUUGGAAGAAAUGAUCCACUUAAACUAUUUAAUCUUGAAAUUUCUGCUCUGUCAGAUCAUCAUCUUUUUUCCAGCUUAAUCUUUAAGUUGGCGAUAUAGUAACAGCUAAUGUCUUUUGGCUUCAGAAACAGAUUUUCUGUAUAAUAAAGCAGAGGUAAGGAGGAGCAAAACAUUGACUUACAAGUUUUGUUUAAUUGGUAGGAUAGAUACUAAGUAUAGAAACAUUGGGAAGCAAACUAGAAUGACAGCAUUUUCAGAUAUUUUGUGUAAUCAGAAAACGAGUGGAAACUUGUAGAGUAACUUUUUUUUAAUAAGCUGAUGGGAGUUCUCAGUGUUUUUAAUAUUAGCUAUUUUUUACGUUAUUGUUAUUUCUCUUAGAACUGUGUAAAGCUUUUUGGCAUAUAAUAAGCAUUCAUAAAUGUAAAAGCUUCACAAAUAUUUAGUCUGUUGCGAACCUACCGUAUGGGAAAACAAAGUGUUACUGGAUGCAGAAAAUUAAGGAUUUAAGCUGGUGAGAACUGUCCUGCUACUUUGAAAGCCUGUUAAGUUAUUUAUUGGUUUAUUAAAUUGCAUUUGCUGAUACUGGGACAAGGUUUAUAUGCACCGGCUACUACCUACUGAAUAUGUUUGAGAUAUCUGAGAACACCUUGCAUGAUUCUACCAGUUUCAUUGCCGUACAGUAUUUCAGUGCUGCUGGUGCUGAAAGCUGCUGCUUUUUUUUUCUUUUCCUUUUUUUUUUUUUUUUUAACACCAACCUACUUUCUGUUCGUUUGAGAUACAUGAUUAAUAAUGGAAUUAAUAAAGUCAUUUUUUUUAAGUGGUUAUAGUUAGGCAUCCAAGUUUCAUUCAGGGAAGAAUACCCACAAUAUAGUGCAGUUUCAUUGUGAUUGUGAACUUGGUCCAGGAAACUCAUUAGAUUAGAUGUAACCUAUCAUUGCAAUCUGAAAGAUAGAAAGGAAUGUAGAUAGUAGAGAAAAAUAUCAAAAUAGUAUUGGAAAACUACUUCUCUGUUAGGAGAUACAGUUUCAGUUGCCAUAGACAUUUUUAUUUUAAAAGCUCAUAACUGAGAACAAGCUGUAGUUAUAUAAAAUCAGCAAGCUUUCAGCAAUUUGGCAAAGGUAGUUGACUGAAUUGUAGUUGAGCCUUACUGAACUUUUGAUAAGUGUAUAUAUACUGUCUUAUUCUUCAGAGGUCACGCUGAUUAAACUGAAAAUAUGCACCAGGAUGUUGCUGACGUUAAGAUCACCACUUCUGGCCAUUGCUGCUGCGCAGCAGUUGGAUUUGAGUGGGAGAUGGUCUUUCUGUGGAUUCAUUUAAUCUUACGUGAGUCCAGGAGGCUCAUUAUAAACUACAGUGUAGCAAUAAACGUCUCUGAAAUAUGAGGUGACACAGAAAUUAGAUGGUGAGCAAUACUUUGUACAACUACUUGAUAUGCUUAGAAGUGACUUGCAAAGAAAAAUAGCAGACUUGAUAGUCCUGACUUCCACAUAUAUUUUGUAAGCUUCAAAGAAGUAUCUGCGCGCUUCUUUAGCAAGUUACUUUAAAACAUAGCCAGCAAAUGUGUUUUUGCUGCAGAGCUUGAUCAGCAUGAGGCAGGGAGAGGGAAGUAGCUUACAGAAAUGAAAAAGCAGGUAAAACCUGAUUCAGAAGUUAUUAGUUUUUAUUCAGGAUUCUUAAACAGUUUGUUGUGCUUUUUCCCUGCUACUUAAUUUUUAAGAAUUCUUAAAAGAUGGCUUUGUCAAAGAAUCAACAUUUCCUUCCUUCCUUCAUUUCACUCUCCUUUUCUCACUCCAGUAAUGCGCUUGUUAGCCCGACUCUUUCCUGUCCACAGCUUUCUCUAAGUUAGGAACUCGUGUGGUUUAGAACUGAUCUGGCUAAAUUAAAUUCUAUUUUGAUUUUCAUUGUUUUGGUUUUGAUUUAAAUUCACCUGUCUGUGAAGGAUUAGUUCCUACAAAUAGUUAAAAUAACUUUGAAUUCUAGCUGAAAUAUGAAUAGCUAAACACAAACUUGUUAACAGUUGGUUAAACACUGCACUCUGAUUUGUAGUGGAAGUCCCUUUAGACAAAGUAUUAGGCUAGUGAUAAAUUCAAGUCUUCCAGCAAGAUUCAGGAAAUGCCGAACAUAACCCUGGCUAUUUCUGAGCUUAGAGAAAGUGAUUAGGAAGAGGAGAAGGGAUGUAACAAGCCUAUUCUUUCACUUUGUGGGCACUUUUCAAUAUUCUCAGGUAACACGUGUCCUCUUUUGGUACCUUACCAAGCUUUAGGAUUCCCUAGUUGUUGAAGGGACUGUGUUAACUUCAGCUGCACAUUCUUUUUAAUUUCUUUCUGACUUCUCUUGCAUAAGAAUCAAAAGAAAGUAACAAGUGAAAAAGCAUGUAGUAUCUCAGUGCAAGGGAACAUCCCUGUACAGAAGGACAUACCUUAGAAAAUUUGUUCCUGUGGCAAUUGCUCUUCCACUUUUAGUCACAAAUACUGGAAGACAUGAGAGCAGAGAUGCGUGUUUUCCCCAGAUUAUCAAAUCACUCACCUGUAAACAAAAAUGCCAUCAAGAUAUGUCAACAUUGCAGUUAGAUAACAUAACUUCAGAAUGUAACAGAGUUAGUGAGUACAGAAAUUCUAGCUAACCUCACAGGAAUAAUUAAAAGUUUUGCACUUUGUCACAGUAUAACUACAGAUGGUUUACCAUCUAACUGGUAAUAGCGAUUUUAGAUUUAAUGCAUAAAAAUAAUAAAAGUGUAUGGUCCUGAAAAACUGUUAUUUAAAUCUUAGAUAUGUUGGAAAGCUCUACAAGGUAGAAGGUCUUAUACCUCUAUAUUCUCAAAGGCCUCCAUUUUCCUUUUGAACGUUAACUUGUUCUUCCUGCAAAGUUAUUUGACCAAAUCUGAAAUGGUAUACUUCAUGUUUUGAAAUACAAUAUAGUUUUUGCAUUUAUUUGUUAGUCAGAAAAACUAAAUUCAACCUCACACUUAACUCUGACCCUACAAAGUUACUGAAAUAUUUUACUUAAGAUGGAAAAAUUAGGUGCACAGUGAAAAUGGAAAAUCUUGAAUAAAAAUGAGGCCAAAGAAAAUAAUGUGUUCUGAUUGAGAAAUCUUUGUUAUGUCUGAGUAAAACCUUAGCAGAGGAAGGCAGCAGCAGGUCACUUGUAUCCUAAAUCUAGUAUUAAAGGUGAAUGUUUACUAUAA